AUGGUUGGAAGCGAGGAGCACAUCCUGCUGACGGUUCUCGAGUGGAUGACGCAGCUCUUUUGGACGGCGGACCUCAUCACCAGUUCGCUGACUGGCUUCUACGAGAAAGGGGCGCUGAUCCUGGACUUGAAGCGAUCUGCCUACCACUACAUGAAGACCUGGGGACCCUUCGACCUGGCCCUGGUGAGUGUGGGUUGGCUCUUCAUCUUCCUGGACCCUGGCGGAGAUGAGGCACAAGGAGACCUCCUGGCGUGGUCGCGAACGCUCCGGGCGCUUCGCUUCCUUCGCUUCGUUCGUGUGCUGCGUUGGUUGAAGCUCCGAGGAGUUGCAGAGGCGUUUCAGGAGAUGUUCCACUCCAACGCUGCGUUCUUCUAUUACAGCCUCGUCAGCGCCGGCAUGCGCUUGGUAAUCCUCAACCACUUGCUGGCCUGUUGCUGGUUUGGGGUCGCUCUUGUUGGCGACCCCAACCAGAACUGGGUGCGAGAAGCCGGUCUUUGGGAAGCCGAGGAGAUGGACAAGUACCUGGCCAGUUUGAACUGGUCCUUUGCGAUGCUGGGCGUGGGCUUGAGCAACAUCAAGACAACGACCUCUCUCGAGGUCGCGUUUUCAGUGGUCGUGGCUUUCCGAUCCCUCAUGACCUACGCCACCCUCAUCAGCUCCAUCACCACCUUGACCAGUGCGCUCAACAAGAUUCGGGAAGAUGAGAACACGGAAUUCCGUCUUCUCCGCUCCUAUCUGUCGCACAAUGACAUCGGACAGGAGCUGAGCCAGAAGAUUACGCGCUUCUUGCAACAUCAGUACCACCUACGCCAGCAGGCGCGUUCAGCGCACCUCAACGUCCCGCUUCUGAACCUGCUGUCCAGCAGCCUGAAAGGCGAGCUGGAUUUUGCCAGGCGAAAGAGCAGCAUGCUCAAGCUCAGCUUCUUAGACCAGCUGCUGCCCACAGACGACCUGCAGGUCAUGCAGACGAUGCACAACCUGGCCUCCACGGCCAUGGAGGACGUGGCCGCGGCCAGCGGGGAUGUGAUCUUCCUUGGCGGCAGCAAGGCGACGGCCGCCUACCUGAAGUUGAAUGGGUCAUUGAACUACUUCUACACGGACGAAAACGACGAGGAAAAGGCGCAGGAG